UGCCGUUGUGGAGAUAUGGACUCUGAGAAAAAAGAGGUAGACUCCCCUAUGAUUAUUACGGAUUGCGAAUUCCUCGAAAUCAAACUGUUAUAGCGGCUUUCGGGUGAAACGCCGGAGAAGACGAAAAUGACCGCCGGCUUGUCUUUCACGGUCACAGCUGCUCCAAAACCCUUCUUUCAGCUUCAGACUACUCAUCACAACAAUAUCCGUUCAACCGAGACGCAUAUGCGAUUUCAAAGCUUUCAAUCCAAAUUGGCUUACAGUUCUACGCCACUCCCCUUCUUCUCUGCGAGGAAGACUCAAUCAAUUUCAGAGUCACCGCUCUUUUCAGUGGCAUGUGUCUCUUCUUCACCUUCUCCCAGAAGAUACUCGCCUUCAACCAGACUCUACGUCAGUGGACUUUCAUUCCGGACCACUGAAGAGAGCUUGCGAAAUGCUUUCAAAAGCUUUGGCCAACUUGUAGAAGUCAAUCUGGUGAUGGAUAGAGUAGCCAAUAGACCAAGAGGAUUUGCCUUCCUCCGUUAUGCUUCAGAAGAGGAGUCUCAAAAAGCUAUCGAAGGAAUGCACGGCAAGGUUUAUUCGAUGGAUAUACCCUCCCCACCUCUUCUCAUCGGGAAGCAUGAAUUGAUAUGAUAUUCUCUUCUCAGAUUCCAUGGAUAAAAUUCGAUGCUACCAAAAGAGAAAAAGGGUACUUUUGAAAUCAAGCUUAUAGCUGGGAGGAUCUGAUCUUAUAUCAACCAAUUAUAGGAGAUUUUUAUUUUUAUUUAUUUCUAAUAAAUAAAAUGAAAAGGGAAUCUAUGAUGAUCUUGUGAUCUUGUUGUCUUAUCUUUUUUAGUGCAUGUAAUUUUCAAGUACAGCAGCAUCAUGAACUAAUAGGGGAAACUUUGGUUUAGUUUCUGGAUGGCAGGGUGAUUUUUGUGGAAAUUGCAAAAUCCAGAUCGGAGCUACGCCAAGGCCUUAAAGAAAACUCUAGCUAAUGCAUGCUAGUAUAUAGGCAUCAUUGUACUCUAAAGUUCAGAUUCAUUUUUAUGAGAGCUGUAACAUAUUUUAGGGAUAUAUAUAACUAAUGGUUGCGCUCUGCAUUGUUAUUGGUUUUCGAAAGCUUGGUCUGAUUGUAUGGUUAUAAUAUAGUCAAAGUGUAUUUAAGAGCA